CCCGCCGCGUCGUCCCCUCCUGCCGCCUGAGGCGAGCCGGGCUGCGUCUGGCGCGCCGAGGCUGCCGCGGGGGCCGGCGGUCGGCGCGGGUUCCGGCCGGCCGGGCUGUGCGGGACGCGCCUCGCUCCGCCGCGCGCGCCUCCUCUCGUCCCCGCGUCCUCCGCCCCGUCGUCCUCCUCCCCGGCGCCCGGCUCGGCCGACCCGCGAGCGGCAAGAUGGCGGCGCCCAGGCCGCCGCCUACCCGGCUGUCGGGUGUCAUGGUGCCGGCGCCCAUCCAGGACCUGGAGGCCCUGCGCGCGCUCACGGCGCUCUUCAAGGAGCCGCGGAACCGAGAAACAGCACCCAGGACUAUAUUCCAGAGAGUCCUGGAUAUCCUGAAGAAAUCUUCUCGUGCAGUUGAGCUGGCCUGCAGAGACCCAUCCCAAGUGGAACAUCUGGCUUCCAGCCUGCAGCUCAUAACAGAAUGCUUCAGAUGUCUCCGGAAUGCUUGCAUAGAGUGUUCUGUGAACCAGAAUUCCAUCAGAAACUUGGAUACAAUCAGUGUCGCUGUUGAUUUGAUUCUGCUGUUUCGGGAACUGCGAGUGGAACAGGAAUCUCUGUUGACAGCUUUCCGCUGUGGCCUACAGUUUUUAGGCAACAUUGCCUCACGGAACGAAGAUUCCCAGGCUGUUGUUUGGAUGCAUGCUUUCCCAGAACUCUUUAUCUCUUGCUUAAAUCAUCCAGACAAAAAAAUUGUUGCCUAUUCUUCAAUGAUUUUGUUCACCUCCCUUAAUCCCGGAAGAAUAAAAGAACUGGAAGAAAACCUCAAUAUCGCGAUAAAUGUCAUAGAAGCUCACCAAAAGCAGCCUGAAUCAGAAUGGCCGCUCUUGAUUAUUACAGACCACUUUCUGAAAAGUCCGGAAUUGGUACAAGCCAUGUACGCCAAACUGAGCAAUCAAGAAAGGGUGACCUUGUUAGAUCUUGUAGUGGCCAAGCUGGUGGGUGACGAGCCGCUGACUGCAGACGACCUCAGUGCCUUUCUGCGCCACGCCGAGCUGAUGGCCGGCUCCUUUGUGGAUCAGUGCGGGACUGUGCUGAAGCUGACGUCCGAGCAGCACCCUGAGGAUGCGGAGGUGCUGGCUACAGUUAGGCUGCUGGAUGUCCUGUGUGAGAUGACGGCUAAUACCGAGCUGCUUGGCUAUCUGCAGGUCUUCCCUGGCUUGCUGGAAAGAGUGAUUGAUCUUUUACGACUGAUUCAUGUAGCUGGAAAAGACACCAUAAACAUCUUUAGUACCUGUGACUGUAUCAAAGAAGGUGAUGUCUCCAGUGUGGCUGAGGGGUUUAAGUCUCACCUUAUACGUCUGAUUGGAAAUCUGUGUUACAAAAACAAAGAUAACCAAGACAAGAAACAAGUCACUCGGAAUCCUGGCUUAUUGAUUUGAAGAUUGAAUGUACAGGCAAGAUCUGGCUUGCUUAGAAUUCCACUUCUUUGUAAUGUAAUCCCGGUUCAAGAAAUAUGUCAAAAUUCAUAAAUCAAGCUGUCACCAUUAGUUUCCCGAACUUACAGUUCCUGUUACAGUAAAUGAAAUUAAAAUUCCUAUCCAGAGGACCUUAUCAUGGUUUAGUUUGUUUCAGCUGUAAAUUUUUGUUUUAAUGACAUAGAAGAUGUUCUAUCAUUUGAGUCCCAAAACCUUUUUUCUGUGUCUUGUUGUAAUCAGCCUGUUCUUUUGCAGGAAAGGCAUAGCAUUAUUUAAGAGGAAGAAUUAUACUGAUAACUUAAGUACAGUGCAGCAGUGUUCCUUUGUCUAUUGUGUAUCACCACUACUUACUCACUAGGCGCCAGGCCCUCAGCUCACUUUGCCUUGUGGCAUUCCCACCCCGACUCCAUUCCUCCGUAAGCCGUGAGCUCUUGGGAGGCAGACACACUUGUCUGGUUUCAUACCUGCUGUGUCUACCUGGCGCAUAAUACAGUGCCAUCACAGGUGAUGGGUCUUUGUCCCCAAUCUGCCCGUGAAUCAGUCUUCCAGUGCUUGCUUGGAUGUUAGCAGGAGAGUUCUGACUGCAGUGUGCACACUCCCUCCUGGCUUCCCUUCCUAAAACAGGGCCUCGGAACUCUGACCAACGUGUGAGUCCAGGUGGUGGUAGCCUGCUGCCUCCGGCAGUCGCACUUGACAAGGAGCCUGUCUCAGUUCUUGCUGAACGUGUCUUGGGGUCUGAGGCGUGGGGGCUGUGCCUUCCUAGGCUUUGGCGGUGAGGACUACAUUCCAAGGACACACCUACGUACACCGUGCAGGUACAGUAAGGAAGACACUGGGGAGUAAUCUGCUGUCCGUGAUGAUGCAGCGCCUCGUGAGACCUUAGGACCAGCGGUCUGCUGCUGCUGCUGCACCUGACGGUCAGUCUCCAGGGAGCAGAGGCUCACCUGGCGCGGGGGAGGGGACGCCGCUCCACCAGUGGAGAAGUGGACCCUAUCCCCGGUGGAAACAGGAUAGUGUAAAGGUAUCAGUUGUUCCUGAGUUCAUUUUAUUGCUGAGCCAAUUAUGAUUCCACUGAGGGGGAAACACUCAGAACAGAAGCAAAGUGAUUGAAGAGUUAGUUAUCUUAAGGUCUGCUAAAAUGGAAAGCAGCACACGUGUGGAAUUCCUGUUCUACGAGGAGGACGCUCCCAGUCUGCUAGUGCUGGAGUCACUCUUCCACUCAUAGUCUCUGCUGCAUCUCCACUCGUCCCUGGGCCUCUGCCCUGGUUUCUUCAACCAGUUCUUUUUUUUUUUAAUUUUUUUUAAUUUUAUUUUUUUUUAUUUGACAGAUAGAGUUAUAGACAGUGAGAGAGACAGAGAGAAAGGUCUUCCUUCUGUUGGUUCACUCCCCAGAUGGCCACAGUCCGAAGCCGGGAGCCAGAUGCCUCCUCCUGGUCUCUCAUGCGGGUGCAGGAGCCCAAAUACUUGGGCCAUCCUCCACUGCCUUCCAGGCCACAGCAGAGAGCUGGACUGGAAGAGGGGCAACCGGGACUAGAACUCUGUGCCCAUAUGGGAUGCCGGCACUGCAGGCGGACGAUUAACCAAAUGAGCCAUGGCGCCGGCCCCUCAACCAUAGUUCUAAUGGGAAGAUUUCCAAAAGUAGAGCAGCAUAGGAUCUGGAGGAAGUUACUAACUGAAAUAAUUAUUAGUUGGGAUAGCAGUGGGGUGUGUGUGUGUGGGAACAGACACAGAGAGAACACAGAAAGGAUUCUUGCGGCAUCUUGCUGUUCUUCCCCUGCAGAGAGGCACGGUGCGUGUCCACCCCGUUUGCAGGGUGCGUCUGCGCUGGCUGAGCGCUCGAGUCCCAAGACUCCUCUCACUUCCCGCAGUCCGUGCAUACUCCCAGUGAAGUGAGAAAAGUGCUCUUAUUUCAUGUUGGAGAAGAGUGUUCUCCUUUUCUUAAAAAAAAAAAAAAAAAAAAAAAAAAAAAAAAAAAAAAAAAAAAAAGAAGAAGAAGAAGAAGAAAAGAAAAGAAAAGUAGCCGGCACCGCAGCUCACUAGGCUAAUCCUCCGCCUUGCGGCGCCGGCACACCGGGUUCUAGUCCCGGUCGGGGUGCCGGAUUCUGUCCCGGUUGCCCCUCUUCCAGGCCAGCUCUCUGCUGUGGCCAGGGAGUGCUUGGGCCCUGCACCCCAUGGGAGACCAGGAUAAGCACCUGGCUCCUGCCAUCAGAUCAGCGCGGUGCACCGGCAACAGUGCGCCGGCCGCGGCGGCCAUUGGAGGGUGAACCAACGGCAAAGGAAGACCUUUCUCUCUGUCUCUCUCUCUCACUGUCCACUCUGCCUGUCAAAAAAAAAAAAAAAAAAAAAAGUAGCGUGUCUGUCACACAUCUAAAGUCAUUUUGAUCUUUAGCAUAUUCAGAUGUUUUUCCCCCUGGCAGCAACUAAAAUGAAAUGGAUGAAAGGUUCCUGUAAGACAUGUGUCAUCAGCACUUGAAGUCAUUGUCUGAUGGCUCCCCCAGCCACCUUCCUCUAAAAACCUGUUGCUUGUCUUACUCUGGGAGAAUUAAAUUUGUACCCCUCCUGUUUUACUGGGACAAGAGUGACAUUUCAUCUCAAGUUGUGGGUUUUAGUUCAAAUUCGAGUCUGCUAUGCUGUAGUUAGAGAAAAGUGUGGAAGAUUUUUUACUUCAAAUAGCAAUGGAUAUGCUGUGUUGGCAUGGUGUGAGAGCUUUUAGUUCAGUUCAGCAAGAGGUGUUUGCCAAGUGCUGUUUACCAGCUGGUUUUCUCGACAUUGGGAAUGCAGAAAUGGAUCUGGCCCAGUGCUCUCUCUAGGAAUUCACAGUUCAUGGAGGAGACAGACAGAAAAGUGUAUCUGUUGAGUAUGGAGGGGUUAGCGUGUGUGAGAAGUACUGAGAGUUGGUAGCUGAAGCAGGCACUACAAGCGCUUGGUCCGGAAGACUGUGCAUGGGCUUCAAGGGGCACCUGGGGACCCAGGCCUUGGAGGCUGAGUGAGGAAGAGUGAGACCAGUGGAGUGGCGGGUCCGCCUCGUGGACUGCAGAGCACCCGUGAGCAGAUGUGAGCAGAGCCUGCCGUGGGGUGGCCUCCCUGCGGCCUGAGAGCUGGGGAUGGAGGCUGGCAGCUGUGUGGUGGCUCUGCACUCCCUGGAAGGGCCAGCCUUCGCACACUUCUUGUCCCAACUCUGACUUCUGGAAGUGGCUUCAGGCUGGCUCUCAGAGCGUUUGCCCUUUCUCUGUGCUGUCGCUGAAGACAGGAGGCUGCUCUGAGAUUUUCAGUUCCUGGCUGCAGCUCUCCUCGUCUGUACUCUCCCCCUCUCCUCGUGCCCCUCUCCAUUACCUUGGUCCUGCCUCCUGCUCCCCUUCCUCUCGCUGGUCUCUCUGGUCUUUUCCCAGUGAUUGUGUUUUGUGUUCUUUUUUUUUUUUUUAAUAUAAGGAUUUAUUUAUUUAUUUGAAAGGCAGAAUUAUAGAGAGACAGAUCUUCCAUCUGCUGGUUAUUCCCCAAAUAACUGCAAUGACCAGAGCUGGGCCAGGCUGAAGCUAAAGCCAGGAGCUUCUUCUAGGUCUCCACAUGGGUGCAGGGGCCCACACAUUUGGGUCAUCUGCUGCUGCUGUUCAAGGGGCAUUAGCAAGGAGCUGGAUCAGAAGUGGAGCAGCCAGGUCUUGAAUCAGUCAGUGCCCAUAUGACCUCAUCUUCCAUGGGAUGGGACUUCUAUGGGAAAAACGAUCCCUGGCCUAUGGACCUGUGUGAAAACAGGGGUUCACUUUCCACUUCCAUCUUCAGGGCCCCCCCACACCUCUCACAAGAGUUUAUAUUAAUACAGGUUCUUGCACUACCCUGACAGUGUAAGUUGGGACCUAGCACCUGCUCAUGGCAGUGAUCUCUCCCGGUCCCACCCAGAUGUCUGAAGCCUUGUUACACAGUGGACAGUUAACUGUGACGUAGCCCGUGACGUACCCUGCCUCAGACUGGAAGUUUUCAAGUCCUUGGGCGAUCCUCUGCUGAUUUCCCAGGCCAUUAGCAGGGAGUUGGAUUGAAAGUAGAGCAGCUGGGAUGCGAACCUGCAUCCUGGCGUUACAGGCAGCAGCUUUACCCGCUGUGCCACCACCACGGCUCCUUCAUUUCUGACCUCUCAGGAAGAUGCAGGUAACAGCCGGAUCUGCUGUGCUCUGUGGGCUGUGGGGGACAGCAGGAGCUGUGGGGGACAGCCCCAGGCAGGUGGGCUUUGUGCUUGCCUGUGUGAGUCUCCCCCCCAGCUGCCUGUUCAGGCAUCUUCCUACUCUUACCUUCAUUCAGCAUGGGAAAUUUUUUUCUUUUUUAAAGAUUUAUUUAGUUAUUAGAAGGUCAGAGUCAGAGAGAUAUUGAUCUUCCAUCUACUGGCUCGCUCCCCAGGUGGUUGCAAUGGCCAGGACUGGGCCAGGCUGGAGGCAGGAGCUUCAUCCAGGUCUUCCAUGUAGGUGCAGGGGCCCAGGCACUUGCUCCUUUCCCAGGCUAUUAACAGGGAGCUGGAUUAGAAGUGGAGCAGCUGGGACACAAGCUGGUACCCACGUGGGAUGCCAGGGCUGCAGGCAGCAGCUGAACCCAUGGCACUGGCCCCGAAGGGGAAUUUUUUUAUUUUGGAGGAAAGAAUUGAUUUAAAUUCCAGGAUGUUUUUGCACACUCAGUAGGCAACACUUCACACAUUGGCUUCGGUUUUUCAUGUGUGAACUUGCUUCAUAUGUUUGUUGUGAGAAUGAAGUUACCAGUAAUAACACAGUGACCACCUACUAUGAGGGCCUCCUCUGUGCCCGCAAGUGAGGUUUUUUUUUUUUUGACCUUUUUUUGGAGAAUUAUUUAUUUAUUUAUUUGAGAGACAGAGUCACAGACAGAGGGGGAGACAAACAGAAAGGAUCUCCAUCUGCCUGUUCACUCCCAAAUGGCCACAAUGGCGGAGCUGAGCUGACCUGCAGCCAGGAGCCAGAAACUUCUUUAAGGUCUUCCACACGGGUGCAGGGCCCCAAGCACGUGGGCCGUCUUCUGCUGCUUUCCCAGGCCAUAAGCAGAGAGCUGGAUCGGAAGAGGAGCAGCCGGGACACAAACUGGCGCCCAUAUGGGAUGCUGGCGCUGCAGGCAGAAGCUUAGCCCACUAUGCCACAGUGCUGGCCCUCAAGUGGGGUGUUUUAUAGAUGUUUUCUUUUAUCCACCACAUCCUCUGCCUUGUGCAGAAGGCUGGUUGGGUGCCUGUGAUUGCACUGCUUGGGGGUGGUGCUCUCCCCAGGAGCCUGUGACCAGGCCCAGCCCUCUCAGGCUCGUCGGCGGCAGUAACCGGGUGCAUAGGCGAGGGUCCAUGCCAGCUCCUUCUCUUGCUUGCGCUGCCAGCUCAGCACUGUCUGCUGCUGCACACAGGUCCUGCUGGCUCUCUUGCGAACCUGCAUCCUGACAUUCAGGCACAAAAACCCACACGGUCCUUCGUCGGCCGGGUGUGGUCUUCAGAGCAGAUCUCCUGCCAUGUGCAAGUGCUGCUCCGGGCCUCCUGCGCCUGAGUUCUCCGGGAGGCUCUGUCUUCCCAGUGCUUUACGUCAUGCUAGGAAUUCCAUCCUUGACUUUUCAGUUCUGUCGGGUCAGGGUUAUGCUAGGAUUGAAGCACGUGUCCAAGGGGAAACAUGGAAGCCCUCAUCGUUCUGCGUAUCUGUGUGAUCCGUGUGGAUUGUUUCUAGACUUUUCCUGGCAGCAAACUCUGACCAGAGGUUAGGAGAGGUCACGACGGAAUGAAGAGCAAGAGGAGAUGCUUGGGGGAGGGUGCAGUGGGUAAGACACUCCUUGAGAUGCCUGCAUCCCAUAUGACAAUGCCUGGGUUCAAAUCCCGACUCUGCUUGCAGUUCCAGCUUGCUGCUAGUGCACACCCUGGAAGGCAGCAAGUAAUGGCUUAGGUACGGGGGUGCCUGCCGUUCACUUGGGAGACCUGGGUGGAGUUCUGGGCUCCUGGCUUUGCCUGCCCAGCCCUGGCUCUGACAGGCAUGUGAGAAGUGAACCAACCAGUGGAUGGAAGAUUCUUCUCUGUCUCUCUCUGCCUCUGCAUUUCAAGUAAAAUAAAUAAAAGCUCAAAUAGAACAAACAAAAAGCAUCCCCUCCUUUAACGUUGGUAGCAGUCAUCCAUUUAAAUAGAAGGUGGGGGCAGCCUUUUGGUGUAGUAGACACUGCUUGGGACACCUGCACCCAUGCAGGACUGCCUGGAUUUGAGUCCUGGCUUCAUUUCAGGUCUGGCUUCCUGCUGUUGGGCACCUGGUGAAGGUCAGGGAAGCCUCAUGUGCUUGGCUCCCUGCACCCACGUGGGAGACCUGGAUGGAGCUCCUGGCUCCUGGCUUCAUCCUGGCCCAGCCCUGGCUGUUGCAGGCAUUUGGAAAGUAAACCAGCAUAUGGAAGAUCUUUCUAUUUCAGUCUUUCUGCCUUUCAAAUAAAUAAUAAUAAAAUUUGAAAAAACUUAAAGUAGAGAGACACUGUGGUUGCCUGCCCCUUUUGCCCUCUUACUGCCUCCCAGGCUCUGCUGCCCUUAGCCUGUCUUGGCAGGACCCAAAUCCUGGUGUCAUUUGUUACAGUCAGUGCUUUAUGCUAAUAGUAAUUAAUCUGUCUGUGUUGGGAGGCGCAUGUAUCCUUUUUGGGGGAAGAUGUUAUUUGUUAACUUGGCUACUUCCCUGGACUUUGUAAAGAAUAAAUAUUUAAAUCUUAUUAAAGAUCCUAUGAAAGUAGAUUACUUUCAAAAUGAAUAAUAAUAACAACAACAAUCAAAACCACAGAGUCCGGUCCUAUGGAGGGCUGACUGUGCCUGGCACUCCUUGCAUCACUGCCUGUCCUCAGAGUAUUUCCUGGGGUGGGUGAGGCUCCCAUUGUAUGCGUGCUCACACCUGGGUGCUGAGUAACUUGUCCAGGAUCACUGUAGCUACUGGGGGAACCACACAGCCCCCUGGGCUGGCUGCAGGUUCCCGCUCUGAGCCAUCAUGGCCUUCCUCCACGCCUGGGGCCUUCCUCCACGCCUGGCCCACACUCACGUUGGCUGUGGCUUUGUGAGCUGUCCCCAGGGAAAGCUGCUCUCCAGAGUUGUGUUUCUUCCCGUUUUCUUUGUGUCACCAGAGAUUCAGUGUGUAUUUUACAAAUGCAUACAGAAUAUCCAGAAUCAGUCUUUCAGGUGUAGAAAUAAAGGUGACUGUUGGCCUUGUUUUAAAUAAGAUUCUUUUUGUUACUUAGACUAUUUUAAAACAAUAUUCUGAGUGCAGCCCUGAAGGACUAAAAUUGCCAGAAAGUUACCUGUGCUAAAGAAAAUUUAUGAACACUGUGCUAACAUAUGUGUUCACACAGCAGGAGGAAUGUGUUCUUCAAUCAUUUAAGAAAAAAAUGAACCAUUGUACUAAAACAGCUCAAUAACUGUGUCAGACCUCCUAAAGGAAAUUUCAUUUUGUUUGACUAAAAUCUUGUGAGGAGAGCCUCAGGUGGCAUUUUAAGUCUGGGGUAGGGUACGGGAAUGUGGCACGAUUGUCCUUCCCAGGUUGCACUGUGCCUGUUAUUUGUGUGAAUGCGCAUCUUACGUUACAAAUCCUCCCAAGCUGCACUUAACUCCUCUUACUCUUGCAUAUUUGAAUAAUUGGUUUAACAGGAGACUAAUUUCUGGGAAUGAUUCAUUGCUGUUUACUUUACUUGAUAUGUUUUAGUGACAGUAUUGAAUUUAUCCCCUGGAAAAAUACCAGUGGAAACUUUUAAAUCAAGUCACGUCCAUGGCAUGGUCGGAGGACAAGGGAGUUGCCAGGAGUUGGUUUUCAUCUCUUCGGCCUCUUAUGGGCCAGGGCCCGAGCAUGGAGAGCCGAGGCACAAGCUGAGGGUGCAGCUCAGAGGAGAGGGACGGUUCAGAUGUUUCAGAAGCAGAGCCUGGCGGCUGUGAGUGACUCUGCACCUGCAGCUCUCAGCAGACAGCCUGGGGGCUGGGGCGUGGAGUGGGGGGUGGGGAGUCUGAGCAGGGAGUGGGUGGGGGGGGUGUUGACAGGAAGAAUCCGACUGGCAGGCCUCAGGGAGCUGGGAGGGGAGAGGGCGUGUCCCUGGCCUUUUGGAAUUUCCACCCAAGCAGCUUUCGGCUGCACCGCCUCCUUCCCACAGCCUCAGACAAAGCGCGAGGAGACCUCAGAGGUGUGAGAGAGGCGCAGCACAGCUGAUGUAAAGAAUGGAGAGGGCAGGCGUCUGCACAGCAGCGUCAGAGGUGUCGCUUGCGGGAGCCCCUGCUGGGCCCCUGCUCCCUUCCCUUCCAGCUCCCUGCUGGAAGGCACCCUGGGAGGCAGCUCUAACAUUUGGGUCCCUGUCAUCCAGUUUGGAGACCAGGACUGCAUUCUUCCUGGCCUCCCCCCUAUUGUUGUGAUCCUUUGGGUAGUGAACCAAAGGAUAAAUAACUAUAAAUUCAAACAUUAUUUUAAAUGUGGGUGCCUAGUGCCAGGAUCCCUCAUCUCCGAGUGGCUGAGGCAGGCCUGGUUCAGAAUUUUGCUGCCACCCCAUUUGGGCCGUGGGGUUGGACUCUUUGGAGCAAGAAAACAGGUCCUUUCUGUUUUUAAUCUUGUAAUAUUAUUCUAGCAAAUUUAGAAGAAACGUUAGUAUAGGGUUAGCAGAUAUAGUUAGGGUAAAAGAAAAUUUCACAUGCAUGUAGGAUCCAAGAAAGUUUGUCUCUCUCUCUCUCUUUUUAAACUAUUUGAAAGUGUUAAAGAGAAGAAGGAAGAGAUGGAAAGAGAGAUCCAUCAGCUGGUUCACUCCCUAGAUGACCCCACUGGCCAAGGCUGGGCCAAGCUGAAACCCGGAGCCAGGAGCUUCUUCCAGGUCUCCCAUGGGUGGCAGGGACCCAAACGUUUGGGCCUUCUGCUGCUGCUACUGCCAGGUCUUUAUUAGCAGGGAGCUGGAUCUCAAGUGGGGCAGCCGGACGUGAGCUGGCACUUACGUGUGGUGCUGAUGCCACGGGUGAUGGCUUUACCUGGCAUGCCACAGCGCCAGCCAAUCACAGAGUAACUUUCCACGUCAAAUUGUUUUCAUGUUUUAGUUACUAAAUCAAAAUUGUGAUUUGAGAAUCUUCAAUUCAACUGAUGUUAUAUGGUGAGUCAACUUGGGCUUUUUAGAAUAAUACACUCUGAUACACUUUUUCCAGACAGUAUGCGUUAGGGUACAUUCAUUACAUUGGUAUUUAGUGGACUUCUGUGUACACGUUUGUUGUUUGGUCCGGCCUUUGAGAUGAAGUACAUAAGUUCAAACUACAGCUGGUGCUGCAGCGUUUGCACAGCAGGCUGACAAUGCCCAGGAAGCCCUGUGCAGUGGUUGGGAGACACCUGCCCUGGGCCUCGCGCUGUUGUUCCGAGCUCCCCCGUGAAGCAGGUGCGCUGUGGCCCCGGGACUGUGCAGAAGUACCGUGUGCAGAGCUCAGGCACCUGAGGAGCCCUGCGCUUGUCACUGCAGCUGCCUCACUGGCACUUGGAGGUGCUACCUGCUGGCUUGCGGUGUAUCCACUUCUGUGUUGUGCUUGGGACAAAUGCAGAAUGUUUGGUGUGAAGCCUUAGAUUCAAGUUGUUGACCUGUGGACACUGAAGCUUCUUGAAGAACAUCAUGCCUGAUUUCACGACUGCUUUCUUUUUAAUACAGACUUUAUUUAUACUGUUAGUUCUCUCCCUCUUCCUCCCCCACCUCAUAGAAAGAUUUACGUUAUUUAAAGUGACUGAGAGAGAGGGAAGGAAAGAGAGAAGGAGAUCUUCCAUUUGCUGGUCACUGCCCACAUGGCUUCAGUGGCUGGGACUGGGGCUACGACAGGCAGAAACCAGGAGCCAGGAAUUCCAUGUGGGUCUCCUACCUGGGUGGCAGGGGCCGCAGUACGUGGCCGUCUUUGGCUGCUUUCCCAGGUACAUUAGCAAGGAACUGGGUCAGAAGUGGAGCAGCCGAGACUGAAAUGGCACUCCAGGGUAGGAUGCCAGUGUUGGAGGUGGCAGCUUCCUCAUUGCACCACAACACCAGCCCUUCAAGAUGGCUGCAGCCUGGAGUUCGUGGUUCGUGCAGUGUUUCGCGUUCUGAUAGUUCGUGGCCGUUGUUUUUGUUGGAUUGCCAGGUGUUCCACUGAGCACACCGGCCCGUGUGCUGUGCAUGCACUCACAGCAGAGUGCCAGGAGCGGUGAUUUAGGGCUGAAUUGAUGGAGCAGCAUGAAAUGCUUUCCUCUGUGGGGAAGCUCCCGAAGCACAGCUUCAUGUGACAUCUCGUUUUCUAGCAGCCCGAGGCAUCAGUAACCUUUACAGCAAGAAUGCUAGUGCGUUGUUGCGCAUUCCAGGCUUGCUGUCUAUUCUGCCCAGGAAGUAUAUGGCUUUUAUGGACUUAUAAAUCAUGACAGUAGCAUCUCUGCAUAUCCAAAAAAGAAGAGAUUUAAAUCUGCACAGAGUGUCCAAGAUUUAAUGUAAUUUAGACAUUAUUCUUACUUAAAAGUAACAUUCUGUUUAAACGGUGACUAUCAUAUCUUUAAAGGUAACUGUAAAAACAUAUUGUUGGAGAAACAAAUGCAAAUAUUUAUUAAGAGCAUAUUGUGGGGUCCGGUGCUGUGGUGUAGCGGGUAAGGCCUUGCCUGCAGUGCCAGCAUCCCUGUCGGCACCAGUUCUAGUCCCGGCUGCUCCACUUCUGAUCCAGCUCUCUGCUGUGGCCUGGGAAAGCAGCAGAAGAUGGCCCAAGUCCUUGGGCCCCUGCACCCGGUGGGAAACCUGGAAGAAACUCCUGGCUCCUGGCUUCGGAUCGGCUCAGCUCUGGCUGUUGUGGCCAUUUGGGCAGUGACCCAGCGGUUGGAAGACCUCCUCCCGCCACCCCUUCUCUUUCUCUUUUUCUCUGUCUCUGUCUCUCUCUCUGCUCUUCCUUUCUGUAAUUCUGUCUUUCAAAUAAAUAAAUAAAUAAUUUUUUUUUUUGACAGGCAGAGUGGACAGUGAGAGAGAGAGACAGAGAGAAAGGUCUUCCUUUGCCGUUGGUUCACCCUCCAAUGGCCGCCGCGGCCGGCGCACUGCGGCCGGCGCACCACGCUGAUCCGAUGGCAGGAGCCAGGAGCCAGGUGCUUUUCCUGGUCUCCCAUGGGGUGCAGGGCCCAAGCACUUGGGCCAUCCUCCACUGCACUCCCUGGCCACAGCAGAGGGCUGGCCUGGAAGAGGGGCAACCGGGACAGAAUCCGGCGCCCCGACCGGGACUAGAACCCGGUGUGCCGGCGCCGCUAGGCGGAGGAUUAGCCUAGUGAGCCACGGCGCCGGCUAAAUCUUUUUUAAAAAUAGUAUAUUGUGAAGGCUGGUGUUGUGGGGUAAUGGGUUAAGUUGCCACCUGCAGUGCUGCAUCCUGUGUGGGCACCAGUUCGAGUCCUGGCUGCUCCACUUCUGAUCCAGCUCCCUGCUAACGCAUUUGGGAAAGCAGUGAAAGAUGGCCCAAGUGCUCGGGCCCCUGCACCCACAUGGGAGAUUUGGAUGAAGCUCCUGGCUCCUGGCUUUGGCCUGGCCCAGCCCUGGCUAUUGCGAUUAUCUGGCGAGUGAACCAGCUGAUGGAGGUCCUCUCUGUCCUUCUCUAACUCUGCUCUUCAUAUAAAUUUUAAAAAUAAUGAACAAACCUUGAAAAAAAGGACGCACUGUGCCUCAAGUAUUCUAUGCGCUACUGCAAAGAAGGAAGUGAAAGUGAAGCCAAGAGUGAGAUGCUAAAAUACAAGAUACAGCAGACUGUGACUGGGCAGAGUAGUCCUGCUCUUCCAGUGGCCUUGAAGCGUGGUGUGGAGCUUCCCGCAGAAGUUAACGCUGCACGGGCUUCCAGGGUGGGUGGCAUAGAGUCCUGUCGUCCUCCCUCACACCCUCCUUUUGGGGGAGGGGUCCUGCCUCCCCUGCAGCGUGCACUGAGGUGGCCGAGGGAGUGGGCAGCAGUCUGUCGUGCCCUUGUACUGGUUACAGUAGGACGUGCAGCUGCACAGCUGUCCCUCCAGUCAAGACAGGGAACCUCUCAUCCCUUCAGGAAUCUUCGCUCUGCCCAGGGCAGCGUGGUGCAGGGGCAAGAUGGCGCUGCCGGGCACUGGGCUCGGGGAAUCUGCUGCUGCGUUCUUUCACGUAGAAGUGGAUCUGUGCUGAUUGCUGCGCCUAGACUCCCUGGGAGCAGGAGUCCUUGUCCUGGUGGAUGUGGCUUGGUUCAGGGAUCUUAAAGCCACAGCACGUCUUUGCCAUCUACCAGCACAGUUCAGACCGUGACCUUGAGUUUUCACGGCUGCCUCAGUGGCAUCCGAAUUCAUGCUCCCUGGGGUCCCGGUACCGUGGCUGGCCACGUGGCACGCUCUGUCGCGUCUUAGGGACGGGAAAGUGAAUGCUCUUAAUGGACUCCCUGUUUCUAACACUGGUAAUGCCACAUGGGCUUGUUUUCAUUUCCUGUUCUCCUUUAUUGAGACGCUGGGAGCAGCAGUGAUAACUGAUGGAGUUGGAAUGCAGUAUGUUGGUUGUCAGCUCCUUUUACAAGGCAUUGUAACCCAGUUUGUGCUGGAGAGUUUUUUUUUGAGCCUUCUGACUCCAGUGAGGAGCACAUUUUAUACAAGCCUUUGCUCUUUAAUUUCUUUAAUCACACACCCCUUCCCUACUUUUGCAUGGUCAUUAUUAGUAAUUACAUAAAAAUCUGUUUUAAGCUACACCCCAGGGAAUAGCAAAAGUUGGUUGCUUGUCUAAAUGGCCUUUAAUUAAGGCUGAAAAAAAAACUGGGCUGUGAUGAUGCAUUUUUACAAUGUUGGCUGAAACGGAAGAGGCUGGCUGCCGCGCAGUGCGGCCGCAGCUGCACUGAGCGGGCUGAAGCGUAGCCGCCCCUCAGCGGGCCACGGCCGACUGCGCGCUGCGGGCGCUGUGCUCUCCGGAGGGGGUCUGGGCCAGAGCAGACUGACUGCCCAGUUUUGCCGAGUUUUGAAAAAUUUCUUCACCUUGUGGUCUCAGUGAGCUGAGCAACAAAAAUUAAUCACGAAAUGCCCUGUUUUGCUCACAAAUAUCACAGAAAAAGUGGAAAGCUGAAGUUACAGGGAGAAGGUAAGCCUGUUUCUCUGUCCCAUGUGCCGGCUUUUAUUGUAGCCUUUCUGAAGUCAUUUUAAUAAUUAUUUUCCCCUGGUUUAUCUUCCUGACAUGCCUGGAUUGCUUUGUCUAGGGGAAGGUGCCUCAGCUUAUUUUUCUGUCUAUUUUGCCUAACGUAGCGCCUGCCCCAGCGUAGACGCUCAAAUAUUUAAUUGCCCUUUCCUUUCCCUUCCUUAGGAAAAGAGUGACUGCUGCUUAUUUAUGUUUGCAAUGGCAGGCAGCAGAUAAAGCAGAUUCUUUCAGUCAGAAGCAAAUUACGUAGAAUCUUUCUGAGUGGUGUGUGCUCUGGGCCUCGUGCUGACUGUGCAGCCAUGAGCCAGUGUGUGCCCUUGGACUUGCUGAGCCUCUCUGGAGAACUCCCACAUACACUCUGGUCUACGCAAGGCUCUGCACUCUUGCUCUUGCUCUCAGACUGGCUCCAGGUUAGCGGGAUGAAGCCUAGGGCAGGAGCUGAGUACCCGGCCUUGAGUCGGGGUGGGGUUCCUGGCAGCUGCCUCAGCUGCCCCUCAGAGGCCGCCCGGCUUCUCACCUUGCCUCCCGGACUUCGCUCUGCUGUGCUUACUCUGCUGCGGCCGACCCUCGUGUGCCUGUCCCCCCUGCUUUGCUAUCUGCUGGUGAUAGAUGUCUUCCGUCUGUGUCUUUCCUGGCUCCAAACCCUAAGUGAGAACAGUUGCAUGGCUUCUUGUGAAUCCGUUUCUGUCCCUGUUGUUACCACUUCUCAGACAGCAGAUCCUGGACCAGCCACAGAGGCCUCAGCUCGGGCCUUUUCUUUAAUUCAGAAUCUUUUUUUUUUUUUUUUUUAAUAAAUUUUUUUGCAUGGGGUCAGGGGAUAGGGAGUAGAUGGAGAUAGAGGUAUCUUCUCUCUGCUGGUUCACUCCCCACAUGGCCACAACAGCUGAGGCUGGGCCAGGCUGAAGCCAGAAGCCUGGAACUCCAUCUGGGUCCCCACAUAGGUGACAGGGACCAAGCAAUUGGGCCAUGUGCUGCUGCUUUCCAAGGCUCGUUAACAAGGAGCUGGAUCAGAAGCAGAGCAGCUGGGGAGCCGGCGCCGUGGCUCACUUGGUUAAUCCUCUGCAUGCGGCGCUGGCAUCCCAUAUGGGUGCCGGGUUCUAGUCCCGGUUGCUCCUCUUCCAGGCCAGCUCUCUGCUGUGGUCUGGGAAGGCAGUGGAGGAUGGCCCAAGUGCUUGGGCCCUGCACCCGCAUGGGAGACCAGGAGGAAGCACCGGCUCCUGGCUUCGGAUCGGUGCAGUUCUGGUCGUGGCAGCCAUUUGGGGGGUGAACAAUGGAAGGAAGACCUUUCUCUCUCUGUCUCUCUCUCUCACUGACUAUAACUCUUACAGUAAAAAAAAAAAAAAAAAAGCAGAGCAGCUGGAACUGGAGCAUUUUCAGCAUCCAUCUGCUCUUGCCUAUUCUUGCAGAGCUCAUGUGAUGUCUUUGCAUGUGGCCUGCGGCUGACCAGGCCCUCCUGGAGUCGGACCCUGACUUCCUGCACUGAGUCGCAUACGCACGCCCGCAGGAGAGGGUGCUUCACCUCCCCGGGUCGGCGCCGCUGCUCUGGCCUCAUGUGUCCCUGGCCCAGCCACUCAGUGCAGACUUGGGCGGUGUUUAUGGCUCCCCGCCCCUCUUCCCCAGGGUGCCCCUCAGACUCUGGAGACUGGGCACCCAGAAGAGAGGUGCGUUGCACCUGGCCUGUCCAGCUUUGUAGGGCUGUGUCUCUUCUCGUGUCACCGUCUCACUCGUGUAUCCCACAGUGGGGUGUUGUUGACUGCCUUUGUGGGGAGACGUGAGCUGAGAUACGGCUUUUUCUUUCUAGAUGUCAACCCUUUGCGUGAUUUGGUGAGGGGGAGCUAAGCAAACUUGAAGCAACCACAGAAUUGAUUUACACCCGUGUUAAAAUGAGCCUGGGUAGACACAUCACAAGUCAUGAACCACACACUGCACAUCAGGCUGCACUGCUGGGCAUGGAGGGCCUUUGGGCUGCACAGGCUGUGUUGCCUCGGCCCCAGUGGCGAGCAUGUCAGUGCCACCCUUCGUGUGCAGGUGAGCGCAGGGACCGCUGUCUGGCUUACGUCGCAGCAGGCCUGCCUGUGGAACAGCCUCCCAUCUGCAGUAUCUGCUGCUCACUUAACACUGAGGGAGUGCUCAGCACAGUGCCAGAAUCCUACCUGAUAAACCUGUUUGGUAAAUGUUAAAAAUCCCUUUCAGGAAUUCUGGGGCUGCAUGUUUAGAAAGAAAUGUGCAGGUAGGAAAGCGACGUAAAGGCGUACUCCCCCACCCCCACUGCUGGGUUCCUGAGAGAUUACCUUCCCACCACUCCCGGCUCGCACCCUUCCCAGGGCGGUGGCCACAUCCAUCAAGAGGAGGGGGCUGCCACGGCCCCUCAGCAUGAUCUAUGGAAGUGCACUGAGGAGUGAGACAGACCCCAGAGCUGAUGGGAGGGAGACUGAGCGCGGACCCUGGGAAGCUGGCAUUUGGAUUUCGGUAAAUCCACGCUUUGUCAGUAGUUAAGCAGAGGCGUAAUUCACCAGUGCAUGCUUUAUCUUCCAAGAUUUGGGGAGAUGUUAACGCCUCUGCACCAAGUAAGCCCUGAUUGCUGCUGCAGAGGCUCACCCCGGGCGGCCCCCGCCUCUGCCUGCCUGCUGACGUCCGCUGACCUGUUGGCUGCUCGCGUCUUCCCUGCACAGGCUCCUGGACCUCUCCACGUCACGGCUUUAUUCCGAGCAGACUGCUGCCCUUCGUGCUUGCUGUUUGUGUAGAGCGCUACUGCAGGGGAAGCGCUGUAUGUGACAGCUGUGUGCGGCGCGCUCGGCGCAGCCUCCGUUCCGUACAGAUCGCACUCUCCUUAGUGUGAGUGCAGUAAUGUUGUCCAGUGUUAGGGGAGGACUAGGUCAGUCGAUUCUGAAUUUAGGUAGAUGAAUAAGUAGGCAAUAAUAGCUAGAAUUUAAAAAAAUACAUUACUUUAAAGAUUUAUUUACUUAUUUGAAAGGCAGAAUUUUGGGAUGGGGGACACAGAGAUCUUCCAUCCCCAGAUGGCUGCAACGGCAGGGGUCGGACCAGGCCAAAGAAGCCAGGAACCCAGAACUUCAUCUGGGUCUCCCACUUGGGUGCAGGAACCCAAGUACUUGCUCCAUCUUCCACUGCUUUCCCAGGCUCCUUAGAAGGGAAUUGGAUCGAAAAAUGGAGCAGCUGGGACUUGCACUGGCUUCUGAGUAUGCCAUCUUCUGUGUACUACAGAAGGAGAAAUACAAAUUUAUAUGUUUAUAUAUGCCACACAUUUUCCCUUGUAUUUGAAAAAGUAAUGGAAAAAAAUAAACUAAAAGCAAGCCGGCGCCGCGGCUCAGUAGGCUAAUCCUCCGCCUAGCGGCGCCGGCACACCGGGUUCUAGUCCCGGUCGGGGCGCCGGAUUCUGUCCCGGUUGCCCCUCUUCCAGGCCAGCCCUCUGCUGUGGCCAGGGAGUGCAGUGGAGGAUGGCCCAGGUGCUUGGGCCCUGCACCCCAUGGGAGACCAGGAAAAGCACCUGGCUCCUGGCUCCUGCCAUCGGAUCAGCGCGGUGCGCCGGCCGCAGCGCGCCGGCCGCGGCGGCCAUUGGAGGGUGAACCAACGGCAAAGGAAGACCUUUCUCUCUGUCUCUCUCUCUCACUGUCCACUCUGCCUGUCAAAAAAAAAAAAAAAAAAAAAAAAAAAAAAAAAAAAAAAAAAAAACUAAAAGCAAAUUUAAAAAAUGAAAACUAAGGGGGCCGGCACUGUGGCGCAGCGGGUUGAAAGCCCUGGCCUGAAGCGCCAGCAUCCCCUAUGGGUGGCAGUUUUAGUCCCAGCUGCUCCACUUCCCAUUCAGCUCUUUGCUGUGGCCUGGGAUAGUGGUGGAAGAUGGCCCAAGUCCUUGGGCCCCUGCACCCACGUGGGAGACCCAGAAGAAGCUUCUGGCUUCGGAUUGGUGCAGCUCCGGCCGUCGCAGCCAUCUGAGGAGUGAACCAGUGGAUGGGGACCUCUCUCUCUGUCUUUCAAAUAAAUAAAAUAAUUCUUUAAAAAAAAAUGAGAAGAGCAGAGGGACUAAGGUGGACUAGUAACUAGAAUUCUCUGAAUGCCCUUGUUUUCCGGCAUUACUUUGAAAUCUGGUGUGUGUGUUACUUAAAUAAAAAAUUAGAUCAAAAGAAGAAAAUGUAGAAUCAAUACCUCCUCAAAAGAAAGAAGGAAAUGUAUGAGCCGGCGCCGUGGCUCAAUAGGCUAAUCCUCCACCUUGCGGCGCCGGCACACCGGGUUCUAGUCCCGGUUGGGGCGCCAGAUUCUGUCCCGGUUGCCCCUCUUCCAGGCCAGCUCUCUGCUAUGGCCAGGGAGUGCAGUGGAGGAUGGCCCAGGUGCUUGGGCCCUGCACCCCAUGGGAGACCAGGAAAAGCACCUGGCUCCUGGCUCCUGCCAGGAUCAGCGCGGUGCGCCGGCUGCAGCGGCGGCCAUUGGAGGGUGAACCAACGGCAAAGGAAGACCUUUCUCUCUCUCUCUCUCUCACUGUCCACUCUGCCUGUCAAAAAAAAAAAAAAAAAAAAAGAAAGAAAGAAGGAAAUGUGGAAGAUGCCCUGGAGAAAGGAAGGAAGGAUUCUGUGGAUCUCGCUGAGAGGAUCAUCUGAACUGAUUUUGCUUCCUUAAGUUUUGAUUUAUUUACUUAGAGCAACUGAGUGUUCCCAUCUACUGGUUAACUCCCCACAUGUGUGCAAGGGCUGGUGCUGGGCUGGGCAGGGCCAAAGCUGAGAAUGCAAUUCAGGUUUCCCACCUGGGUGGCAGGCAGGGACACAACGCCUAUCCCAGGGUCUGUGUUGGCAGACAGCUGGAGUCAUCACUGGAGCUGAAUCAGAUGCAGGCACUGCAGUGUGGGCAUGGGCGUCUUCACUGCUAGGCUAAGCACCUACUCCCUGAAUUGAUUUUUUUAAAAAGAUUUUUUAAAAUGUAUUUACUUGAGAGGCAGAGUCAUUCCCCCAAAUGGCCGCAACGGCUGGAGCUGCGCCCAUCGAAUGCUAGGAGCUUCUUCCGGGUCUCCCACGCAGAUGCAGGGCCCAAGCACUUGGGCCAUCCUCCACUGCUUUCCCAGGCCAUAGGAGAGCUGGAUCCGAAGAGGAGCAGCCAGUAACGAAUCAGUGCCACAUGGGAUACCGGCACCACAGGCAGAGGCUUAAACCACAGUGCUGGUCCCCCCAAAUUGAUUUUGAAAACAUCACUGUAGGAAUAAAAGAAGAUGCAGAGAAAUUAUGAGCUACCUCUUGGCAUUCGUGGUCACUCAGACGACCUCAGUUAUGCUGGUUUGAGCCACAGCUUUUGGAAAAAGAAGAUGACUGCAGUGGAUUGAAAUACAUUAUCUACGAUUCUAAGAAAGUAAGAAUUUAAUCACAUUUGAAAAUUACCAGGGCAUCAGUUCCUAUGCUAAAAAUUGCUGAAGGGAGAGGUUCACGGAUUUCCUCUGCCUUUGAGGUUUAGAUUGUGUUUCAUUUGCAAAGUGGAUGAGAAAUGCCUCUUUAUAGAGAAAUUCUAGGUAAUAAAUGAAGCAGUACAACUAAUAAAGCUGCCAUUUCACGUUUGUAGCCCAUCAAGGAAUAUCGGAUUUAGGUGCUAUUGUCAGUGGCUGCUAACAGGGUACUGAGAACCUAUGUAAUGGAUGCAUACCAGAACUCACUGAUAAAUCACUGGAAAUGAGAAAUCUGGUAUUGUGCACUUUCUAGUGUUAGUAAGAAGUCUAACAUCGUCUCUGAAGUUUUCUUGCUAAAACAGUUGGAGUAGUCGGAGUUGAAUCCAGCUUCUCGAUGUGUUAGGUUAGGAUAUGUUAAUCAGCAUGCAGGCAGCAGGUUGUGAGGUGACAGUGGGGAGGCGCCCGCCACUGCAGGUGCCAGUGAUAUGAAUGGAAGGCACACACCGAGUGUUGAGUGGACUUUGGAUUAGGACUUUGGGUGAGUUUUAGAACAUGGACUGUCUAAAUUAUAAUGAAUCUUACUAAGUGAAACUAGAGGCAAUAUAUUAUUUUUGUGAAGGUGUUAUCUGUUAGAAAUACUAAAAUAUUAGCCAGUGAAAUGGUAUGUCUGAAAUUUGUUUUAAAUAUUCAUGGGGGACAAGUGUGGGGAGGGCAGAUGAAGACACACUGACUUGUUGAUAGGGCUGCCUUGAGGAUGGCACUCUUGCUCUACUUUCUAGUAUUUCCAUCUAACAAAAUUAAAGAUAGAAAAUGUUAGAAAUUUGAGGCCAGUGCUGUGGCUCCUGUUCAGCUCUUGGCUGGCUGCUCUACUUCCCAUCUAGCUCCCUGUUGAUGUGCCUGGGAAAGCAGGAGAAAAUGGCCCAAGGACCUGGGCCCCUGCCACCCACAUGGGAGACCUGGAUGGAGCUCCUGGCUUUGACCUGGUCCAGCCCUGGCCAUUGUGGCCAUCUGGAGAGUGAACCAGUAGAUGAAAGAUCCCUCUCUCUCGCUAUCUCUGUUACUCUGCUUUUGAAAUAAAUAAAAUAAAUCUUUAUCAGAAAAGUGUUUUAGGACGUUGUUGGGUUGCUGAGCCCUUUGUGAGUGGGGGUCACCAGGGACUCAGAUGCUUUCAGUGAGUAGCGUCUGCAGGUGGGUGCCCAUGGCCAUCUUCCCGCCCCCAAAGGUGUGGCUUAAUUGUUACAUUCCUAAGCACAAGUCCCACAGAAUCUUCUCGGUACAGGGCACUGAGCUAGGCUGGUCCAGGAUCAAGGAUGAGAGGUAGAGAUUUGUCUGUGAGCAGGACCAAAUGCCGUGAAUACCACGGUGUAAGGAAGGUGAAGGUUGACUGGGAAGAGGCACUGGGCCUGGGCCUUGAGGACAUGCGGGUGACCUUUUAGUUACAAGACAAUGAAGGGACGAUUGAGAAGCAGUGAAGUUACUAGAAAGAAAAACAAAGUGUUCUUGCACAACUGAGCGGAGCAGGGAGGAGCUUGGAGAGGCUUGGCUGAGAGGAGCAGAGCAGGCCCAGGUUGCUCGUGACGCCAGCCUCAGGGCUUCUCCUGGCCAUGGGUGACUCUUCUCUUGUCUCUGAGUAUCCUGGGACAGUGUCUGCCAGGCGCUCAGGAGCGGCUGAUGAAUGAGUUUACUCUGUGCAGCAUUGGAGCCUGAUCCAGAGAGUAUCAAGAAAUUUCAAACUACGGGAAGUUUUCACGGGACACAGUUUAUGAAUAUGUUGGUUAAGUGAAAUUUGCCACAAGUGCUUUGCCGCUGUACACAGUUCUGUGUAAAGAUCACAGAUGCAGGUCCCUAGAGGGGCUGUGCAAGCUGCUGGCACUGGUAGCUGCUACGAGUGGUGAAGGGCUUCUGGACCUGGCCGCUGUCCGCACCAGGCUUCCAAGGGCUGCCUCUGCUUUCAGGUGGGAGGCCACGUCACAGAGGCAGUUUUUGUUCAGCCACAUACAAAGAUGAUUGAAACCCCUGUUUGAAUCCCAUCUUUUUUCUUCCUUUUUUUUUUUUUUUAAGGAUUUAUUUAUUUGUUUAUUUGGAAGAGUUACAGACAAAGAGGAAAAGCAGAUAGAGAGCGAGAAAGAGGUCUUCGAUCUGCUGGUUCACUCCCCAUUUGUCCUUAACGGCCAGAGCUACACUAAUCAGGAGCCAGGAGCUUCUUCUGGGUCUGCCAACACUGGUGCAGGGGUCCAAGGACUUGGGCCAUCUUCCACCGCUUUCCCAGGCCACAGCAGAGAGCUCGGAGGGAAGUGGAGAAGCUGGGACUCUGACUGGGGCCCAUGGGAGUACCGGCACUACAGGUGGCAACCUUACGUGCUUACAGCGCCAGCCCCUAUAUGUGGAUUUUUAAAAUCGAGACAGUGUAAUGCAAAAUACAAAAUGUUUUCAUGUAUGACUUGUGUAUAUAUAUUGUAAGAAAUACUGUGGCAAAUUGGAACAGAUGACGUAAGAAAGAUGGGUGGUAUGUGAUGAAUAGAGGCGAUUCAAAGAUUACAAGAAAGUGGAAUUAAAAGAUAGGUUUAUUUUGGUGCAAAAACAUUUUGAGAUCCAUGCAGAUUUUUAAAAUAGGGUUCAUUUUCCUUUUUUUUUUUUUUUUUUUUUUUUUGGACAGGCAGAGUGGACAGUGAGAGAGAGAGACAGAAAGAAAGGUCUUCCUUUGCCGUUGGUUCACUCUCCAAUGGCCGCCGCGGCCAGCGCGCUGCGGCCGGUGCACCGCGCUGAUCCGAUGGCAGGAGCCAGGAGCCAGGUGCUUUUCCUGGUCUCCCAUGGGGUGCAGGGCCCAAGCACCUGGGCCAUCCUCCACUGCACUCCCUGGCCACAGCAGAGAGCUGGCCUGGAAGAGGGGCAACCGGGACAGAAUCCGGCACCCUGACCGGGACUAGAACCCGGUGUGCCGGCGCCGCUAGGCGGAGGAUUAGUCCAGUGAGCCGCGGCGCCGGCAGGGUUCAUUUUCCACAGACCCUGUGCAGUCCCUCACACAUGGGUUUCCCUGUCUGUGUGGUGGGUUGCAGUGUGUGUCUUUCUGUGGGGUACGUUCAAAGGAAGUUCAGCCUACAGAGGGCUCCUUGGAUGCGUUGGCGUGGGCAGCCUCAGGCUCAGGAGUGUCCCAGGAUGAACCACAUGUAGGUCCCUGCAGCUGAGCCCCUGAUACACGUGUGGAGCUGCCUGUUCUGAGGUGGCAGGUGUGUGGCCAGGAGAGUGUCCUGCUGCCAGGACCCAUCCUGAGUCCCAGUGAAAUUCUCAGGGAAAGGGAGCUGAGGGCCAGGACCGCUGCACCCCACACUCUCCGUCUGCACCUUGGCUCUAGGCUGUGGACUGUUACCCAUGAUGGCCGAGUGGCUUUCGUUUCCAUCUCCUUUGCUGCCUUCACCUUGUCUGUGGUUUGCAGCAUCAGAGCCUGGACUUGCUUGGUUAGAUUUAGAUCCUGGUUUAUUACUUGGGGGCAGGGGGCUACUGUAAAUGUUACUUUGAAAAAAACCUAGUUCCUGGUUGUCCCUGCUUGUAUAGCAGUGCUGUUAGUUGUUAUGGGUUAACUUGGUAUCCUGUGGCCUUGCUCAACUGGCUUAUUCUCGGGGUUUUAUAAAGUAGAUUUCCUGGGGUCUUCCACCUCGACAGCCCCAUUCGGGGUGUGUAAGGCUCCAGUGCUGCUGCUUCUCCAGUCUGUGUGCCUUUUAUUGCAGUUUCUUGUCCUUUGGCUCUCUAAGUGUCUUUUGAUCGUGCUAUGAUGUCCGUGUCUGCCCUCUGUGGGGGCUCAGUGGGAACGGAACCAACUUUUUACUGAAUGGACAGUUAUGAAAACUGAAAACAAAAAAAAUAAGCACAAGGAAACCAAAGGCAAAAAAUGAAAUGAUCUAACUUUUAGCUGGGGCAGGGAGAGAGGGAGGGAAGGGGAGGCUCCACCAUUGGGAGAACGAGAGCAAACACGGUUGGUGUGUUCCGCGUACAGAUUUCCUGUUCUGGGCAUGAACUGUGGAGAGGGCCUACCCCAGUCCUCCCGCUGGAGAGGGUGGCCAGCAGGACUGAACUGGAAUGCAGUGAGAGACCGCGGCAGCAGCAAAGACACGUCCGCCCCUCCCAGUGUGCUUGGACUUCCAGCACGCGAGGUGCCUGUGGUGGUCACCAGUGCAGGCUGUGGGUGUGCUGGGUGCCCUGCCUCCUACUCAGCAUUUCCCUCAGGUGCGUCUUUGGUCAGACCUCUGUGCAUUUGUCACAGCCGUUUGUCCAGUGGAGGGGAGGCAGGCGAGGAGACUGUCGCGUGAACAUUGGGGUAGUCGGGUGAGGUUGCAGUCUGGUCUCCUGCCCCCACCUGGAAAGCCAGAGCCGCCUGGGAGGAGCGGAGAAUGGGGGCGUGGUUGACAGCGCAGAGCAGGCCUCCCCACCCACCUGUGCCCCGGCCCUGAGGUGCUGCCGUGCAGCACAGCGUCCCAGCUCCAGGGACAUCUCAGUCACCCGACUGAGAAGGAACAGUGAAGUGGAAAUGUCCCUGUGGAACGAGGCGGGGGAGGGGGGCACGCCGCACUAGCACGCCCCCCCCACCCCGCGCGCUGUGUCGAUGCCUGUGAGCUUGGUAGCACUGGUGACCCCUUCCAGAGGUGGAGACUCUGGGCUCGGCUGACUGGGAGAAAUCCUGGCCCUUGGUCCUUCCUUCUUGUCAGGGAGGACGUGGGGCUGGCCAGGGCGAGGAGACGCUGGGCUCACCACGCUGGGAGGCCUCUUGAAGGGAGCCGGUCCUAGAUGGAGGGCUUUGUGUCCCUGUUCUGGACUAAAGCACGGGCUCUGGUUGCUGCUGUCUGUUAAGUGACUUGGAGAUUUUAUAAGAAAUUAAAGCUAAAGUUGGAAAACUCAAAUAUUGUGAAGGUUUGUAGAAGGGGUGUGCUCUUGCUCAGAGUUUAUAUUUAGUCCACAUUUAGCUGUCUUAAUUCUGUUCAAACAUUUACUUAUUUGCUUAUUGACUCAUUCAGGAAUAUUCUAUAGUAUUUCAGUUUUAUUAAAAUACAGUUAAUGUUGGGAAAUCUGGUUAGAAUUUGGUGAUUGCCCAGAGUGACUUUGGGCACUUUUAGUCUACGUAAUUACACUUUUCCUCCCUUAACGUGAUUGUUCAUAAUAAAGAUAGGACAUGGAGUGUUGAAGGAGCCUUUGCAAAGCACACAGUAUUUGAGAAAUUUCCAUUCUUAAAGAUUUCAUCUCUUCUCUGUUGCCGUAUGUCGUGACCUGGAUCUCCAGUUCGUUUAACGUAGUAAUGCCCAGUGCUUGGGCAGUCUGUCAUCUGCUCUGUUGUUGAGACUGUGCCUGUGUUGUUGAUUAGAAAUCUGGAGCUGGGGAUGAAGUGGAGCCACUGUGGCACUGAUACCUGGGCCACUGCACAGCCCGCUUGUCCAUCCUCAGUCGUGAGCCCAGGCUGGGCACGUGACCUUCAGUUCCCAUGCCCCUGAGUCAGGGUGGCUGUGCCCUCUGUAAGGUUCCGCCACGCAUAGGCAGCAGCACCCUUGGGGUGCAGGUGGAAGCUACAGCGGUUUCCAUACUUCCUCCCUCCUGAAUCCCCCACUGACUUCUUUUUUUUUUUUUUUUAAUUUAUUUAUUUAUUUUGACAGGCAGAGUGGACAGUGAGAGAGAGAGACAGAAAGAAAGGUCUUCCUUUGCCAUUGGUUCACCCUCCAAUGGCCGCCGCGGCCGGCACACCGCGCUGAUCCGAUGGCAGGAGCCAGGAGCCAGGUGCUUUUCCUGGUCUCCCAUGGGGUGCAGGGCCCAAGCACCUGGGCCAUCCUCCACUGCACUCCCUGGCCACAGCAGAGAGCUGGCCUGGAAGAGGGGCAACCGGGACAGAAUCCGGCGCCCCAACCAGGACUAGAACUCGGUGUGCCGGCACCGCUAGGCGGAGGAUUAGCCUAUUGAGCCACGGCGCCGGCCCCCCACUGACUUCUGUUGCUGCUCUUUCUGUGGCGUUCUGGCGUUUUACAACGCACAUUCAUGCAGAUAUCACUAAAGAAGCUGUUUUAAGUAAAGGUGAUUGUAUUUUCUGAUCUGAUGCAUGAUGUCUAUUUUGUCUUACUUUUUCCCUCUCAGAAAAGUUCACAUACCCGUACUCGUACAGUUUUUCAUACGGUUUGCAGAGGUCCAUGAACUUCCUGAGACUUGUUUUUGGGCCUCAGAGCCCUACUCCAAGAACAUUCAACUAUGACACUGAAGACAACAUUGGACUUGAAGAGGCCAAGCAGACCUGCCUGGGCCACGUGCUCGCUGGCGAGAUGAUCUGAGGCAGGAGUACUUGAUGCAGUGGGCCCUGUGGCACAGUGGGGAAGCCAGCGUCCUGCAUGGAGUGUUGGUUCCAGUCCUGUCUGCUCUCUCCUGACCGAGCUUCCUGCUAAUGUACCUGGGAAGGCAGCAGAUGAUGGCCCAAGUCCUUAAGUUCUUGCCGCCCACAUGGAUAGCUGGAUGGAGUUCUGGCUUCAGCCUGGCCCAGCCCUAGCUUUUGUGGUCAUUUGGGGAGUGAACCAGCAAAGGGAAGAUCGAUCUCUCCCUCUGUUUCCGUCACUCUUUCUUUCAAGUAAAUAAAUAAAUCUUUUUAGAAAGGGUUAAUUGAGGGGCCAGUACAGUGGCAUAGCUGGUAGAGCCACUGCCUGCAGUGCCAGCAUCAUAUUUGGGUGCCGGUUCGAGUCCCAGCUGCUCCACUUCCAAUCCAGCUCUCUGCUAUGGCAGAGAAACCAGGAGAAGAUGGCCCAAGUCCUUGGGCCUUUGCACCCUCAUGGGAGACCCUGAGGAAGCUCCUGGUUCUUGGCUUUGGAUUGGCGCAGCUCUGGCCAUUGCAGCCAUCUGGGGAGUCAACCAGCGAUGAAAGACCUACCUACCUUUCUGUCUCUCUCUCUCUCCUACAGCCCCCAGCCCCCACCCCUGUCUCUGCCUCUCUCUUAA